AAGAACACAGUAACAGAGACAGCUCCCGCGUCUGCAAAAGAACGGAUAAAGUCUCUCUCUUUCUUCUCUCUCUCUCUCUCUCUCUGGUGUGAAGAAGAAGAAGAAGAAGAAGAGGAUGCUGACGAGUCCAAGUAACGCGCUUCACAGUACUCCACACCUCUGGCCUAUUCGCCGGAGCAAGCUUUGCCGUUCCCGGAAUUUCCACUCCGGCGGAGGAAAACUCUGCUCGCGCUCUCUCCUCUCCGCGAGAACUGGCGCGAGUAGAUUUAGUGUCAGAGCUCUAGUUAGGCCAGAUGUUUCCGAGAACGGUGAUUCUGGAGGAGCUCUGUCUUUUCCUAACCACAUUUCUGUCAAAAUCCCUUUCGGAAACAGAGAGAUUUUAGUUGAGACUGGUCUGAUGGGGAGACAAGCAAGUUCUUCAGUUACGGUAACAGAUGGAGAAACUAUUGUCUGCACAUCAGUUUGUGUAGCUGAUGUCCCUAGUGAGCCCUCAGAUUUUCUUCCCCUUUAUGUUCACUAUCAGGAACGCUUCUCAGCUGUUGGUCGAACUAGUGGUGGAUUCUUUAAGCGAGAAGGGAAAACCAAAGAUCACGAGGUUCUGAUUUGUAGGUUGAUUGAUAGACCUCUACGCCCCACUAUGCCCAAAGGUUUCUACAACGAAACUCAGAUACUCUCCUGGGUUUUGAGCUAUGACGGGUUACACGCACCUGAUGCUUUGGCUGUUACAUCUGCUGGAAUAGCUGUAGCUCUUUCAGAAGUACCGAACGCAAAGGCAAUUGCAGGAGUUAGAGUUGGUCUUAUUGGGGGCGAGUUUAUCGUCAAUCCGACCGUGAAGGAGAUGGAAGAAUCACAGCUAGAUUUGUUUCUAGCUGGAACAGAUACUGCAAUUUUAACUAUAGAGGGAUAUAGUAAUUUUCUUCCUGAGGAAAUGCUGCUCCAAGCUGUUAAAAUUGGACAGGAUGCAGUACAAGCUACAUGCACUGCUAUUGAAGCUUUGGCAAAGAAACAUGGGAAGGCCAAAAUGGUUGACGCUAUAAGAUUACCACCUCCUGACCUAUACAAGCAUGUGAAAGAACUUGCUGGUGAGGAACUGAGCAAAGCGCUACAGAUUAAGGGCAAAAUACCGAGAAGGAAAGCAAUAUCGUCCCUGGAAGAAAAGGUCUUGACAAUACUGACUGAGAAGGGAUAUGUCGUUGAUGAGGUAGCGUUUGGAACAACAGAAGCGCAACCGGAGUUAUUGGAGGAUGAAGACGAGGAUGAGGAAGUUGUUCCUGAAGGUGAGGUUGACCAAGGUGAUGUUCACAUAAGGCCCAUCCCUAGGAAGCCUAUUCCUUUACUAUUUUCAGAAGUAGACGUGAAGCUGGUCUUCAAAGAAGUAUCGUCAAAGCUCCUGCGUAGACGAAUUGUUGAGGGAGGUAAAAGAAGUGAUGGUCGAACUCCGGAUGGGAUUAGGCCAAUUGACUCUAGAUGUGGCCUGCUUCCAAGGGCACAUGGCAGCUCUCUUUUCACACGUGGUGAAACACAGGCACUGGCAGUUGUUACUCUUGGUGAUAAACAAAUGGCGCAAAGAAUUGACAACCUUGAGGGUUCUGAUGAAUACAAGAGGUUUUAUCUUCAGUACACUUUCCCUCCAUCGUCUGUUGGUGAAGUUGGAAGAAUUGGAGCACCCAGUAGAAGAGAAAUAGGCCAUGGGACACUAGCAGAGCGAGCAUUGGAGACCAUAUUACCAAGUGAUGAUGAUUUUCCUUACACAAUACGUGUUGAGAGUACAAUACUUGAAAGCAAUGGUUCUUCAAGCAUGGCAUCUGUUUGUGGCGGUUGCUUGGCUUUGCAAGACGCUGGUGUUCCAGUCAAAUGCUCUGUUGCUGGCAUAGCAAUGGGAAUGGUUUGGGAUACAGAAGAAUUUGGCGGUGAUGGAUCUCCUCUUAUCCUUUCUGACAUCACUGGAGCUGAAGAUGCAUCCGGUGAUAUGGACUUCAAGGUUGCUGGAAAUGAAGAUGGUGUUACUGCGUUUCAGAUGGACAUUAAGGUAGGAGGAAUCACUUUACAGAUAAUGGAAAAAGCUCUGAUACAGGCAAAAGCUGGACGUCGCCAUAUUCUUGCUGAAAUGGCCAAGUGCUCACCGCCUCCUACGUUGAGUCUCUCAAAAUAUGCUCCUUUGAUACAUGUUAUGAAGGUCCAUCCAAGCAAAGUAUACUCCCUUAUUGGUUCUGGUGGGAAGAAAGUAAAGAGUAUCAUUGAAGAAUCCGGAGUUGAAGCCAUUGAUAUGCAAGAUGAUGGAAUUGUGAAAAUUAUGGCAAACAAUGUGGCGAGUCUGGAGAGGGCGAAAGCCAUUAUCAGUGGCUUGACAAUGGUUCCAGCUGUUGGUGAUAUUUACAGGAAUUGUGAAAUCAAAUCAAUGGCGCCUUAUGGUGCCUUUGUAGAGAUUGCACCUGGCAGAGAAGGACUUUGCCAUAUCAGUGAGCUGAGUGCUGAAUGGCUAGCGAAACCAGAGGAUGCCUAUAAAAUAGGAGACCACAUUGAUGUCAAACUAAUAGAGGUGAACGAAAAAGGUCAGCUUCGGCUUAGUGUACGAGCUUUACUUCCGGAAUCAGAGACAGGCAAAGACGGUCAGAAACCACCACCUCCGACGAGUGAUUCUACCAAGGACAAGGGUUCACCAAGGAAAUAUGUAAAUACUUCAUCCAAGGACCGUGGAGCAUCAUCAAAAGUUGCAUCUGGUGACAUGCCAAAGAAAAGUAACGACGAAGAUAGAGGCAGCUUAGUCAAUGGUGAAGCUACAAUCAGCUAGUGAAUGCAACCAGGAUCAGUGUUCAUAUCUGUUUCUCGGGAAGAAGACUCAUAAGGUAAGGAGGAGAGUUUCUUCCAACAGGUGAGACUUGAUUAAUCUUGAUUCUUAUUUUUGUUUGGGAGCUGGAAAGAUGUGAGACAAUUAGUAACAGAUAGCUGCUUUUCUCAAUGUUUUACAUAUAUAUAUAUAUAUAUAUGUUACCAAGUCUGAUAUGGAGGAGGAUUAACAUUUUGAAAACAACAUAUGUUGGGAGAUUCUUAGUCAUUACAUCCUUUCUUUUUGUUGUCUUCUCUUGCAAACUCAUUCAUUAUACAGCUGCUAGUUAACGCUAUCUUAUAUUUUAAUGUUAUUGACUCGUAACA